ACAACUGAAGAAGCCUUACCCCAAAAGUUUCAGUUUAGAUGAUGUGGCUUCAAGGAGGUCAAUAUCUUGAAUUAUUAUUAACAUUAUUGCUUUGGUAAAACAUGGAUCUCCAUGGACAAUAACAGUGGAUAUAUUCCAGUUCUAUAGUAUACAAAGCCGGAUAUUGGAAGCUGUUCAUUUAUGUCCCACAUUUCAGUGCCACCUCCACCUAUGGGGCAAGAGGCAAGAUGCUGUCAUCAGUCCUAUGUGUGUUUGUAAUUAUUACUGUGGCGUGUAAAGGUCAAAGUGAAAAGGAAAAAUGUGACGUUUUGCCAAAAGAUCCAACCAUUAAAAUGGGUGAGGACGUCCAGAUCAUGUUCAAAGUACCCGACAGUGGCUUCUGCAGCAACGUCCCCUUGUACAGUCGCAGGAAGCUGUUCUGGAUGUUGAAUGACAAGAAGAUCCCAGAAGCACUGUACACGGUUAUUAAUUCUACCAUUUCUGCGGUGACCAUUCGGAAUUUCACCCUCCAGAGUGGAACAGUGACAUGCCACAUGGAUGUGGAUGGGAAGGAUGUGGUCCUGGGGGGCACUACUGUCAAGGCUUUCUUUCCACCAAUGAAACCAACAAAUAUAUCCUGCACAACAAUUUUAAAGCGAGGUUUCACUUGUUACUGGGAUAGUGGAAGAGACACUUCAUUAGACACAAGCUAUACGGUUCACAGGAAAUUCGGGAAUGAAUUAGACAACUGUACUUCAAGAAGCAGCCCUUGCGCAUUUGAGUUUGAAGUGCUGACUGACACUAACAUAAUAUGGGUGGAGGCCAAGAAUGCAGUGGGCAGAACAGAGUCGGAUCGUGUGGACUUGCAUCCUUUUUCAACAGUAAAAAUUAGGCCACCUAAAAACCUUGUGGCGAAGCCUGUCUUCGACAGUCUGGAUGUCGAAGUGGCUUGGGAACGAGCAGAGAACAUGCAGUUUCAGUUGAUCUGUGAGGUGCAAUAUUUGUACCGUGACGGAAACUCUAGCCGUAAGCAUGUAAUCAAUGCCACCAUGAUGGAGAAUAAUUCCUCCCAGAAUCUUCGAAUUAGGGUGGAGAGACCGUGCACCAAUCACACCAUCUCAGUGCGCUGUGCUCUGGAUGACCCAGAUUGGAGCCCAAAGUGGAGUGACUGGAGCCCAGAGGUCACUGUCCUGUCUUCCCUGGAAGUAGCCACUGUGCAGCUCCAUCUUUGGAGAAAGAUUGGUGCGCCUGAUGAGAGGGGAAGCAGGACAGCACAGCUGAUGUGGAAGGGCUUCCCAGAAUCUUGCAAUAUCAUAGAGGGCUACAGAGUUACCAUCAAGGAUGAGAACAACGAAACCAAAGCUGAGCUGUUUAAACCAACUGAUUUGAAGACAUCCAUAACCCUUGACAAGUGGGCAUAUACAGUCAGUAUUGCUGCUUACAUGGACGAAAAUAUUUCAGAAGAUUCAAUUGCUGUACCAGCCAUUGGCAAAGAGCUCCCUCCGGUAGGGGAAACCCAGGCCUUUUCCCGCAAUGGCCAAAUCCAUGUCAGCUGGAGCCCCCCAAAUGACUUGGUCAAUGGUUACAUGGUAGAUUGGUCUGCCGAUGCUCAUGACUACAUGUGGCUAGAAACUCAAGCCACAAAUGCUACAUUGAAUGGUCAGCCAUUCAAGCUGUACAGCAUAACAGUGACUCCACUGUAUGACAAAGGGACCGGAAAGGAAACCACACUGCAGGCCUACUCAAAGGAAGGAGCUCCGGGGAAGGUUUCAAACUUGACUGUUUCAGACGUGACCUUGACGGGGGCACGUGUCAGCUGGCCGGCAGUGCCACGUAAUGAGUGCUGCGGCUUUGUGGUGAACUACACAGUUUUCUACAAGGCAAAAGCAGGCCCAGAGCUGAGCAUCACGGUGAACAACACUCAUGUGUAUCUGGAUAACCUGCAGCCCUACACAGAGUACAACAUCCAUGUUAUGGCUAACUCUGUUGCCGGGGGAAGAAACAGCAGCAUCACCUUCACAACACGCAUAUAUGGUUCCAGCUUCAUCAUUGCACUCAGUAUCAUUGGUGGAGUCGCUGUAAUGGUGUUCCUAACAACUGGGCUUGUUUGUUUCAUCUUGGUGAAGAAACGUAUCAAUCAGUCUGUGCCUGAUCCAAGCCUUAGCAAAGUGGCGUUGUGGCCCCCUCAUCACUGCCAAAAGGACCGGUGCAGUAACCUCUUGAUCCUCAGGUGCGAGAGUCCCCCCGACAAGAUUGACAUCUGUGUAUCUACCCCAGAUCCGGGCAGUGAAGGGGUGAGCCCCACCCCCACGGAAGAUGACCAGCUUGGGCCAGAAGAUGGCCAGGUGGGCCAACCAGGCCCGGCCCCCGUCCUCUGUCAGUCCUCCGCGGAAUGCCCCUCGGAGCCCGGUGGGACCCCGUUGUCCGCACGGGACUUCCCUGCCCCCGAGGCGUGGGAAGACGCGGACUCCCGCUGUGUCCCGCAGGGGCAGUACCAGGGCGAGUGCAGGCCCAUCAACCCCUACCUGAAGAACUGUGUGAGGUCCGUGAAUGGGACGAACUUUGUAUGUGGCGAGAGGUGGCCCGGCCUCGCCGCGGAGAGCGCGCCUUUUCUGGAGCCUCAGCCCCAGAGGAGCGCCCUGCCCCUGCAGGCCUACGUCUCGGUGGACAUGUUCCAGGAUGGGCUCUUCAACAGAAGCGCGUGAGCGUGGGGGCGGAGUGCACCUGUUAGAGGUGGUGAGCGUGGGAAGAUCCUGACCCACCAAUAUCAAGUGGCUUAUACUGCCAUAUAAGUGGCUCCCUGUGUAGUCCCUGUGACACACUUGCCACCUAUAGUUUAUCCCUAAAAAACUACCACUGGGGCAUGGCAGUGGUUGGGUUUGCAAAUGAUUGUACAUGUAUGAAAAAGUUGGCAGCUGUGUUGGAGAUGUUGCUGCACAUAUAUUGUGUUUGCUUGCUAUAUUCAAGUGAUCAGACAUUAUUUGUAUUAUAAUAAUGUAUACAUUAUUUUUCUGAGACACUGUUCCUACUCGAGCAAACCUCCUGCUUCUUCUUUUAUUCUUUUUUUCCAUUGCCAAGAACUAGAAAUAAACACAAGCUGCUGAAGUCAUAGUGGGCUGGACUCAUGUCUGAACACACUGCCUUAAAAAGGAGUGCUUCCUGAAACUAGGAUUCCAUUGUUUUACAUGUUUGAAGCAUGGUGAUUAGCUGAUAUUAUGCCAUGCUUCAAUAAAUUCGACCUCCAAAGGGGAUGGGAGGGGUAGGUUUGGCUGGUGGUGGGCUAAGAACCACAAUUUUUCUUUAUGGCCUUUGUCAUCUCACAGAUUACAGAUUUGAGCCCUUUUUCAUCUUUUGUAUUGAUCACUGGCUGCAUGUAAAUGUUGGUUGUUUCCUAAAUAUUAAGUAUCAGGAAGAUAGUGGUGGUGUUUGGAGAGGUAUUGUCCCUGUUUCACCCUU